UUUGCAUUUCUCGGCUGUAAAGGACAAAAGUGAACAAAAAAAGACAAAAAUUGGAGUGAAAAGGGAGAAAUUCUCACCGUAGCUCGUGGAAAAAGUGAAGAACAGCCGAAGCUUGACAUGUCUCAACGAUUUUCGCCUUCGCCGGCUGGCGUGAAUGUUCCUCCAAGGCCUCCCGGAUCAAAUUUCCCCUCACGCCCGGGUCCAUAUCCGCCUGGCCCGAAUCCCAACUACCCGCAACGUGGAUUUACGCCUCCGCCAGGUCCUGGUUCAGCAACUUCGGGUGGUUCAAUGCAUCAACGCCCGCCAGGAGGACCUCCGCCGGGCAUGCAACCCGGAAUGCGCCCUAUGGGACCAAGUGUAGGCGAUCGUCGUCCCCCUGAUGGAAGAGGUCCUCCGAUGCAAGGACCGCCUCAACAAAAGCCUCCGAAGAAAAAGAAGAAAUUAGCUGAUAAAAUUUUGCCGCAAAAAGUUCGAGAUUUGGUCCCCGAAUCUCAGGCGUACAUGGAUCUCUUGGCUUUUGAGCGAAAACUUGACGCAACCAUCAUGCGAAAGCGUUUGGAUAUCCAAGAAGCUCUCAAACGUCCCAUGAAACAAAAACGAAAGCUGCGAAUUUUCAUUUCAAACACAUUCUAUCCGAGCAAGGAGACAACAGGCGAUGAUGGCACAGCAGAAGGUUCAGUUGCGUCAUGGGAGUUGCGUGUCGAAGGUCGUUUGCUGGAAGACAACAAAAGCGAUCCGAACAAAAUUAAACGAAAAUUCUCGAGUUUUUUCAAAUCUUUGGUCAUUGAACUCGAUAAAGAGCUUUACGGACCCGAUAAUCACUUGGUAGAAUGGCAUCGCACCCACACAACGCAAGAAACUGACGGUUUUCAAGUAAAAAGACCCGGAGAUCGAAACGUUCGUUGCACUAUUUUGCUCUUACUUGACUACCAACCGUUGCAAUUCAAGCUAGAUCCGCGUCUCGCACGUCUUUUGGGCGUUCAUACCCAAACGCGACCCGUAAUUAUCUCCGCCUUGUGGCAAUACAUCAAAACGCACAAGCUCCAGGACCCCCAUGAACGCGAAUUUAUCGCUUGCGACAAGUAUCUCGAGCAGAUAUUCGGUUGUCCCAAGAUGAAAUUCGCCGAAAUUCCACAGCGGUUGAACCCCUUGCUGCAUCCGCCAGAUCCGAUUGUCAUUAAUCACGUCAUCACUGUCGAAGGAGGCACGGAGACGAAACAAACCGCUUGUUACGACAUCGAUGUCGAAGUUGACGACACCCUGAAGAAUCAAAUGAACAAUUUCCUCCUCAGCACGGCAAGUCAGCAGGAAAUCCAGGGAUUGGAUUCGAAAAUUCACGAAACGGUCGACACGAUUAAUCAACUGAAGACGAAUCGCGAGUUUUUCUUGAGUUUCGCGAAAGAUCCGCAAACUUUCAUUCACAAGUGGAUCGUGUCGCAGUCGCGGGACUUGAAGACGAUGUCAGAUGUCGUCGGAAAUCCGGAAGAAGAGAGGCGCGCAGAGUUUUAUUAUCAGCCGUGGACAAACGAGGCGGUGUCGCGAUACUUUUUCACGAAAGUCAAUCAGAAGAGAGCGGAAUUGGAGCAAGCGCUUGGCAUUCGGAACGGUUAAAAGUAUCUUUUUUAGUUUUAUAUUCAGACGUAUAAUAAAGAAAUUAAUUUCAAAUCAUCAAAUAAACGAUUUGUGCUUUG